UUUGUUUUCAAACUAUUUCUAAAGUAAAUUAAUCGUCGAUUUGAUAUAAUGUUAUAUAUGAAACCACAAGAAAAAUAUCUAACAUAAAACCGUCAACGUUUCCAUCAUACAUCAACAUUCCCGUUAGACAACAUUUAUGAGAGGCGUUAAUAAUACGAAUUUGCCUAUACAACCCUAUCUAAUAUUAAUAGUUAUUUUUUUAUAGUAGUGAUUAAAGAAGUAUAUAACUAUAAAUCGGGGAAGAAUAAAGUAAUACACCACGGAUCUAGACUACAGGUGUCACCAUGGCUGAUGAUAUAGACAUAGAGGAACAUGAUGUCUUAGACAACCCACAUAUCAAGAAUAUAUUUCCGGAUAUAACAAAUAUCAAGACUGAAGUGAUUGACUAUGAAGAGGAAGAAAACCUUGAUUUUGAUAAUGAGAACUACGGGGCUCUCCAGUAUGAAACCGACCCCGAGGACAUCGAGGACGAAAUCCCCAAUUUAUAUCAGAACAGAAUAAUCCUGGGAACAAAACCCUGCGCGUCUGACUCAUCGUCAGACGAUGAAGAAACUGUGCCAAAACUUCUAGAAACCUUCGUUGUGUUGGAAGACUGGGGUAUUCUAUUGGAAAACAAUCCCUGUUAUUGUCAUAGUUGCCAGAUUUUAUUUCCCACCGAAAAUGCGCUCGACUCCCACAAAAUGACGGCGCACUCGUUCCUAAUAGCAGUUAGGAAUAACAAGGCGAUCAAGAGUACAAGUAAAAGUUCCAUAUCGGCCAGAUUGAAAUUCGAACAGGAUUUAGAAGAGGCGAGCGAUAAUCUCUGUAAUCAUUGCAAUGUUGUGUUCCCAGACGAGAUAGCUCUACUAAAACACUCAUACGCAUUGUUGCCGAGGAAAUUCGCAUGUGAAUUCUGUGAUCUAGUGUUCGAAAGUGAAGUGUCGUGUAAUAUACAUAAAAUGAUACAUUCGAACGUUGAAUGUUUUCGCUGUCCAAUUUGUUCGUGUUAUUUCAAAUAUGUGAAUAAGUUAAUCAGUCACAUCACUUAUCAGCACCGUACAGAGCUACCUGAUUUACCAGAGCGUGUGAUAACGAACUAUAAGUGUGCGUUCUGUGUCGCGAAGUUUAAAAACAAUAAGAGUUACAAUGGUCAUAUAUUGUACCACCAUCCAGAGUUUUAUAACAAAACAGAGGACCAAGUUGAAAACGAUAAGUUUAAAUGUCUCCCUUGUAAUAUAACAUUUCCAUCGGCUUAUUCGGAGAAGAUCCAUCGGGCCGCACAACAUACGAGUAAGCCAAGUGACGUCACCAAUCGUCGUAUAAAAUUGGAAAAUAAAAUAAAAUUGGAACCACUGUCGCCCAAGAAAAUUUCGCCCCAAAAGAUUGACUUAAAUCGAAGACCUAUACCGAGAUCGACGUUAUUCAAAUGCAAUAAAUGCCAACUACACUUUGUAUCGUGUAUUGUUGCAGUUGAACACACGAAACGUUGUGUGCUUAAAAAGGGGGAGUGGAAGUGUAAGAAAUGUCGACGUUCGUUCAAAUUGGUCGAUCGUCACAGUCAUACCACUCAGCAUAAAUCGAGCGAUCGGUUCAAAGUAAUAACGAUUGAAGACGAUACUUUAAACAAAUUAUUGUGUCGGUGUGUAUCCUGUAAAAUUUGCUUCGAUGAGAGAACUUUACUUAAAUACCAUAUAAAUGGCUGUACGGAAAGCGAUUCUGUGCAUUGUAAUUUAUGCAAUUUUCGUGUACACGAGCAUGCGAUAACGAAACAUAAAAGAAUACAUAAUGAAUUGGGUUCGGAACAGUUUCUCGUCGUUGAUUUCGUUAGUGCCGACCAAUUGACAACGGAGGAACCUGAAGUGAAGGCGUUAAGUUGUGUAAAGAAAGAGCCACGUCAAUUGAAGAAGGAGAAGUUCUACUACUACUGCCCCACAUGCCAGUGUUUCAUGAAGGUGAAUAAGUUACCAGAUAAACACAACAUAGGUAAAUGUAACACGCAUCUCAUGAAACGUAUCUGCAAGUUGUGUGGACUUAAAUUUUCGACCAAGAGCUUUCAGACGCAUAAAAAGGAGCACAAGAAAUUCCCCCAACUAAAACUUCGCGAUCUCACGUUCAAAAACACUCAGAGUUUGAGGAAAAUCAACCCACCAUUUCCAGAUUUCAAAAACUGUUCCAAAUGUAAUGUGAAGUUCUUUAGUGGUAUGGCUCUUAAGAGCCACGUAUGUGACGUUGAAGAAGCUAAGAUUUGUGUUUAUUGCGGUGAAAAGUUUAGUGAUCUCGCGUAUAAGUUACACGUUCCAUUUCACGAAUAUUCCGGUAAGAAGAAGCAAGUUUUUACCGAAAAUAUACCGGAAUUGAUAAAAAAAUACGAAUCUCUCAAAAUCGUCUGGAAUAUUCUCUAUCUCUGUGAGAUUUGUGACACGAUCCUUGACGAUUAUGACGAAGUAGUCGAGCAUAGUCAAAACCACUUUUGUAACAUGGAGAGCUACAAUAUUACCAUAAAUCGCUGCUCGAUAUGUGAUAUACAAAUUGUCAGCACAUGUUACGAGAAACAUAAGCAAUUACAUUUAGCGAACAGUGUCACUAAGAGUUCCUUCAAAAUUCUUCGUUACAAUUACGAUGCGCUUCUAACUGAUGAUUGGUUUAAUAUAUUUAAAGCAUUAGCGAAGGAGCAAGUUGACCAAAUUUUAAAUAAAAGCAAAUAUAAACACACGAGAAGUGUUCGAAUGGAAUUGUUGGUUGAUGGACCGAUCGAUUUGACGAUUUACCAAUGCGUUGUGUGUAAGAUCAUCGUCGAUUGUAACGCAGUAGCCGAACACGCUCAGAAUAGUUUGAAUUGCGUUAAUUCGAUCAAAUUUAAUUGCUCAAUGUGCCACUUAAGUUUUUCAACGAAAACCUCUCUGAAUUAUCACCGUUAUUUGCACGAAAAACACUUAAUCACGAAUAAGACGUUCAGAAUUAUAUCGUUUAAUGAUGAGAAAGAUUUAUAUGUAAAUGAUUCGUUGAGAUCGAAGAUGAACCCUGAAAGUUUGAAGUUCAUUCGCUGUCAACAUUGUGGUAAACUUAUAAACAAAUCAAAGUACAAAAGACAUGUAGAUUAUCACAUUUACAUGGCCAAGAAAACGUCAAAAGAAGGCAAGAAUCAACCCAAGUUCUUAGUUCGUUCUAAAUACAAAAAGACCGAUUUGUCAAAAGUACACAAUUUCUACAAAUGCAAAAAGUGUGGAGUAUGCGUUUUCAGAAAUAACGUCGUGAAACAUUUCUGCAGUACGAACAAACAGAAGAAACAGUGCUCGAAAUGUCAUUUGUGGUUCAGAUCGUCGCAUUUGAAUAAGCAUAUGAUGUAUCAUGAUAAAUUUAAGCUUACCAAAUACAAUAUCAAUGUUUUCAUCUUCAAAAACGGUAAAAUAGAAAGAGAGCGUCGCAAGGAAGACCAGGUAGUCCUGUAUCAGUGCUCAGACUGUUCCGUCUGUUUGCAUAGAGAAAUGAAUAUAAAAAGGCACAUAUGCAUCAGUGAUAACUACCAGAAAGUAUGUCGUUUAUGCGAAAUGCCAUUCCAUUGUUCCCGUAUGCAAAUCCACGAGAAAUUCCACGAAGAUAAAAAUUUCACAAAGAAUAAUGUAACUAUCAAAACAUUCAAGAGCAAAGAUGUAUUAAUAAAAUACCCACAAAAAUCAAAACCAGCUACUCAUUUGACAAUUGCAAAAUAUAGAAAAACAACAGUGAUUCCAAGGCAUUCGAAACUUAAUAAAAACAAACCAAAAACCGAGGAACUUGAUCCCCUAUUCCUGAGAUACGCACAUUUAAGAAACUUUAAAUGUACAGAAUGCAAUUUGCUUUUCGUAACGCCGUCUGCAUUACUGGAACACCAAAUUUCGUGUUCGACAGACAAUUACGGUGUUAAAUGUGAUACAUGUGGACUUAUUUUCCAUAAAUCAAUGAUAAAUUUGCACCAAGGCUUGCAAAGAUGCGGUCCACGAAGUGGUAAAUUAUUCAUCGUUACCAUAGACGCUAAAGAUGGAGCUAAAUAUGACGAAACAAAGUCUUUAUAUCGUUGUAACAAGUGUGGAAUUCACUUUACAUCAUUCAGAGCCAUAUUUAAUCAUGUCAAAAGCGAUCAUAUAAUUGUUAUGAAGCCUACUAAAUGUGAUAUUUGUAAUCUUUUAAUGUCAUGUCACAGUUGUCCGAGGCAUAAACUAAUUCAUCAUGAUAGAAAUUUAGCUCUCUCUGAUCUUAUUACACUCAACGUAGUUGAUAUGAGUUUAAGUAAAGCUUUAAAAGAUCAAUCAAAUAAAAUAGUUAAUAUUAUCGACUAUGUAUCUGGUGUGGACGAAUCUGACGGUGAAGAUAAACGAGCUACUAAAAGGAAAACUUGUGUCGACGAGGGAAUGCCCAAUAAAUAUAUAAAAUUAAAUACUGCUGUUUCAGAAAAAACACUGUCAAGCUCGCCCAGUGACAGUUUUAUUGACGAGAUUUACAAUUGUGAGAUAUGUAAUUUGAACUUUUUACAUAGGAGAACAUUAGAACGUCACAUUAACGAAGGUCGUCACAAUGAAAGGAAAUUCAAAUGUCCUAAAUGUAAUUUGAUUUUUACGCAAAAUUCAUUGACGCGUCAUAUUAAACUUCACCACGAUGCAGACGACUUAUCAGUUGUUCAUUAUGAAAGAAAAUCAUUACCGUCUGAUAAUUUAGAAUUCGACGAAGUAAAUAGAAUAAAUAAUCAAACGAAUAAUGAAUUAGUCGAUAUAGACAAUGAUUCUGAAUUAGAUGAAACUGUUGAUAGAGAUAAACAAGUAACUUUUAAAAGGAAAAGUUCUACCGAAGUAGAAAUUCCCAAGAAACAUAUUAAACUAAAUACGGCUAGUUCAGAAAGGACAGUGCGAAGUUCAACUAGUAAUAGUCUUAUUGAAGAAAUUUACAAAUGCGAUAUUUGUGAGUUAAAUUUCUUACAUAAAAGGACGCUAGAUCGUCAUAUUAACGAAGGACGUCAUAACGAAAGAAAAUUCAACUGUCCCGAAUGUGAUUUAAUUUUCACGCAGAAUUCAUUAACGCGUCAUCUUAAACUACAUCACGAUCCAAAUUAUACCAUAACACAUAAUCGUAAAACAGUCAGUCCAAAAGUAAUGGAUAAGUCCGUUGAUGAAGCUGAAGCAAACGUGAAAGUUAUUGAUAAACCAUUAAUUGUUGCUGACGAAGCUAAAGCUGCGGUCACUACUUUCCAACAAACAAAUAAAUUAACAAACAAGCUAUACAAAUGUAGCGAGUGUGACGUUUACUUUACGUUCGCAGAUGCGUGUCAUGAUCACGUGACCAGUCAUGUAUCAUUAGAUCCAACAGAAUACAUAGCUUGUAAACUAUGCGAUUUGCAAUUUCUAUGCGAAUAUCUCGGAAGUCACAUGAAAGGGCAUAGAGAAAAAACUUUCAGUAUAGACGAAUUGAUUGUUGAAGAAUACCAUAUUAAUGAUGGCAAAAUUAAAGUCGAUACAUAUUCCGCAGCGGAUAGAUUAAAAUCGAAAUUGGUUACGACGACGACUCAUUUCGAUACAGAAGAUGAAAAAAAUGAAAGAGACGAAAGCACGGUCGAUUCGACUGCUUCUGUUACGGAAUCUAAAGCAAAUUAUAUUGAUGACGUGAUUUCGAAUGAAGAUAGUCCUAGUAACGAUGGAGAAAUGAAUAAAGAGGAAGAUGAUGUUGAAAUCGUAACAGCGCCUAGUUCAGAGGCAGAAAAUAUGUUAGAAGUUAAGAGUACCUCUUUAAUUGCAACAGAUAUAUCGUCUUGAGAUUAGAACGAUUUUUUGAUUGCUGUUCUUUGGAAUAUAACUCGAUAUAUGAAUUGUGAUUCAUUAAAUAUUAAUUACAUACGUUCCAGAGUUAUUUCGUGAAGACACAAUGUGUUCAUACAGCCAGUACAGCCAUUUCGUAAUCAGUGUCAGUGACUGACUAAUCCAGUGAAGUGUAAUGAAAAUAUGAAAAUAAAUCUUAAUUAAUAUGAUUGUUAAGAAAAAAAACCGAAGUUUCAAUACUUAUAUCGUUUCUAGAACUGUCUAAGUUUGUUUUAAAACAUAAAAGAGAUUUGAAAAGUAACUUAGUAUAUUUUUGAUUGAAAAAUGAUAUUUUUUUAGUGUUCGAUGUUAACUAAUAUAAAAGUGUGGACAGUUUAAAAGAACUGUGAGAAAUACAUGCGGUAUUUAACUUCUAAAUUGAAGCCUUCGUUUGUGGUUGUAGGAAUAAGUGAAAUGGCUUUCGAAUUAUAAUCAAAUCAUCGGAUUCGAUUUGCAGAACAUUUUACAGAUUUUUGUUGACAAUCUUUAUCGAAUUCACACUCACACACACACACAUUUGAUACUAAAUGUAUUUUAGAUUUAUUUGUAUCAUAGCAAAACUUAGUCGAAGUUUUCUGCCAUGUAAAUUAUACCAUAACCUUCUCUGAUACGCAUUGCUUCUUUUGGUAUGAGCUUUAUGUGUAUUGGUUUUGUAAUGAAGUUUAAGGUCUCAUUUAAUAUUGAAGAUUAUAUUUAGACUACCGUAUCUUGUCGCAUUAAAGUCACAAUAGGUAACACUUAUGAUUAGAGAGAUUUUAUGUGAACAAUUUAAUAAGAUCGGACCCAUAAAUAUACUGAAAUAUUCUCUAUAAUCAUAUCAGAAAGAAAGAUAUAGCCUUUCCAAUGGAAAUAGG